UGAACAAACUGAGAAGUUUAGUUCUUGUACGGUAUUGUGGUGGAGAGUUUUUCAGAUGACUGUCAAACAACAAAGCUGCUUUUCCGGUUCAAUAUUCAUUCAUAUUGAGUGUAAGCCUGUAAGCCUGUAGUGUUUUUAUUUCCUGGACGAUGGGCCUAUACAUGCAUCAUACUUACCAACUUAGUGUUUGGAUGCAACUUAUAAUUAGUCUUCCCCUUUCCAACUUCCCGGAAUGGGGCACAAUACUGUGCGAAUGGCAACUAAAUACUAUAGCUGCCCUAUAUAGCAUAACAUAAACAUUUGGUCGUUAGUGUUUUAGCAAUUGGACAUUUAGAGGAAGUUUCGAUUCGGAGUCUGAGCUUUUAGGACUUAGUCCCGUAACGUCCAAUGACCCCGCCGAUAAGUUAAGCCCCGCUGGCUGUGAUACAAGGAUAGGAGACUAUUCAUCCCACUACGAGUACGAGGAAAGUUUUGGCACGUCACAGACUUCCAUUAUGAUCAAUUUUAUGGUAAUGGCAUUUACCCACUGUCCAGCUGCCGUGAUACCAUAGAGAAUGGUGAUACUAGGCAACCAGAGGCCCUAGGAGAUUAUGACUGUGAUUCUCCAUGGACUCUUGUUAAUGCCAGUGUGUAUGCUAUGCAAACUAUCGAACCGAAUCCAGAUUUCAUUAUAUGGACAGGAGACGAUACCCCGCAUGUCCCAAAUGCGAUGCUUAAUGAAGACAAGGUGCUUUCUACAAUCUUCAACAUCACAGAACUAUUAAUGGAUGCGUUCCCCAAUACUAAGUUCAUACCUGUAUUCGGCAACCACGAUUAUCACCCAAAACAUCAGAUGCCACCAAAUCCCACAGCCUUCUACAGUAAUGUCACCGAUUUAUGGCAGCCGUGGUUGGAUCAAUUUCCAGGGGCUACCGAUUUAUUCAGAGAAAAAACGUAUUACACUGCUAAGAUAGAACCUUAUCGGUUCGUGGGUUUGAACACAGUCUUCUAUUACACCAAUAAUAAACUGACCAUGGAUAUUUCGGACCCGGCUGGACAAUUCAGCUGGCUGGAACAAGUGCUAACAGACGCUCGACGUGAUAAUGAAACGGUCGUUAUUGUUGGACAUGUGCCACCGGGAUGUUUUGAACGAUCGCGGGGAAAGUGUUGGUUUUACCCAGAGUUCAACGCGCAAUAUAUUGAAGUAAUUCAACAAUUUCACGACGUCAUUGCAUUCCAGUUGUUUGCUCAUCAACAUGAUGACAGCUUCAGGUUAUUCUAUGAUGAUGAAGGGAAAGCAAUUAGUUCGUUAUUUCUUGCCCCGGCAGUGACGCCAUGGAAUACUUCUUUAGCCGGUGUCGGCCCUAACAAUCCUAGCGUUCGUCUAUUCACAUUCAAUAGAGAAGACGGAUUACUUAUGAACUGGGAACAAUACUAUCUUGACCUGAGCGAGGUUGAUUCAGCAGACAGUUCAAUGUGGAAACGAGAGUAUAGCGCCAUCAAAGAUUACGAUAUUCCUGAUGUCACAACCGCAUCAUUGCAGUCAUUGGUUAAUGGUUUUGAAACUAGUGACGUUUUGUUCAAUCGAUAUUACUUAUUCAACAGUGUAAGUUAUAAUACACAGCCAUGUACGGAUGAAUGCAAGAUCACGCAGCUGUGUUCUAUAAACCAGGUAGAUUUUACGAAAUUUGAUAAAUGUGUCGAGAAUUCAGAUGAUCCAAAUGGUACCAUUAGACUCCAUAUAAGCUGGGACGUCUGUCUUGUUGGUUUGAUAAUCGCAGUAUGGUCCACGUAUUGUAUAGGCUAUCUGUUUAAUUAAGUAAGCUAUAGUAAAUACAAAAUAAACAUUUCCAGCUAGAAGAAUUGGUGUAAUCUUAAUGAAAACCAUCUAGAUCAUUUUCUAACAUGAGUAUUGAAAAUUUAAAGAAAAAAUGUAAAUUAUAAAAAAGAAAAAUAAUAGGCCCGAUAAUAUAUACAGUUAAAAACUUGUGUGAUAGUCUUGAACUAGAGGGCACUUGGAGAGUGCAUACCUCCACCCACAUCAUAAUUCUCCUCAGUAUAAAUCUCCCACGCAUAUUGUCCUUAAAUAAAUAAAAAAAAAACACAAGUAGACUCCAUGGGAUGGGCCAGUAAUGUGGAAAACACUCUUCUAACCACUACACCAAACUGUUUUCACAUAUAUCACUUUGAAAUUAAUGGUCUGUCAUAUGUUUGUUUACACUUUACCGGAACACACGUUCAUACGGCAGACAGUUCCUCCGUGCUUUGACUUGACCCUUCAAAAUUUACUCACUUCCAGAUCUUUGAUCAUGGAACAUAGUGGCCAAGCUUGACGACUUUCUGAUAAAAACUGUUGUAAACAGUUUUUUGUUGAUUGUGACCUCGACCUUUGACCCUGACCAUUUAAAAUUUAGUCAGCUCUACAUCUUUGGUAAAAAACAUCGUGCAAACUUUGACGAAUUUCUGAUAAAAACUAUGGUCUGUAAGCUGUUCACUAAUAUGCCGAUAUAUAUAUAUAUAUAUAUAUAUAUAUAUAUAUA